CAACGAUUCCAUCCUACUAACCGUGUGGAGAUAAAGUGCCUCUCUUCCUUCCAUCCUUCCCAAUCGAGGAAAGGAAGGGAAGAAGGAACCAUCUCACUUUGUUCUUCAUUCGUCUUCUCGUUCCACUUUCGGGCCUACGCUAUUAGUAGUAGUAUUACCGUCUCCAAUUCACACGUCACUCGCCCCUGUGCUCUUCCUUCCUUCCUUCCUUCCUUCUUCUUUCCCUCCUUUGCAUUUAUAGCAAGUAGUACGUACCAGCAUCUCUCUCUCAGAGCCAUAACUGUCCAAAGUUCAAUCAAAUUACAUGCAGUUCUCAAGCCUGUAUCCUGUCCAUUUGACAACAUGCCUCCUCAUCUUCAUUCUCAACUUGUUCUCAUUCACAUUUUCCGAUCCUCGAAUCGGUGAAUCCGGCCUCUUCUGCGGCCUGAACAGACCGCCUCCGAACACCAGCUACAUCCCACUUUUCGUCAAAGAAAUGGAAAAAAUUUCAGCCCUCGUCACCGACAACAACUGGGGCCAUUAUGCAAUGAACCAAACUCGCAUAUCCAUCUAUGCCUUGGCCCAAUGCUACCAAGAUCUUUCUCACACUGAUUGCCUCCUCUGCUACGCUGCGAGCAGAACCAGGCUCCCUCGUUGCCUCCCCGCUGUAUCAGCUCGUAUAUAUCUCGACGGAUGCUUCCUGCGCUAUGAUGAUUAUAAUUUCUUCAACGAGAGCACUGAUCCCAUUAGAGAUACCUUCAACUGUAGCAGCUCAGCCGGGGUGGCCACUGCUGAAGAAGCGGCGAGUUUUGGGAAGAGAGUUAGGGAAUUGGUUGAUAAUGUUAGCACAGCAGCUGCGAUGGGUGGCGGGUAUGCAGUGAGGGAUCUGAAUGGAGUGUACGGUCUGGCGCAGUGUUGGAAGACUUUGAGCAAACAAGGUUGUAAAGAAUGUUUGGCCAAGGCAAGCAGAAAUGUGAAAGGAUGUUUGCCUAGCAGGGAAGGCAGGGGAUUGAAUGCUGGGUGUUACUUGAGGUACUCCACCCAGAAAUUCUACACCGAUCGGCCUCAGAAUGGCGGCAGCAGUUCCGGAGCCUCAAAAACUGGAAAAACAGUGGCCAUAGCUUCGUCUGUCACGGCCUUCUGUAUGAUCUCUGCUUUUGCAGCUUACGCAUUAUACGCAAGAUUCAAGAAAACCAAGCAAGAGCGGAGAAAUCUAGGCCGAAUCUCCAGCACAUAUAACAAGUCCAAUUUGAACUUCAAAUAUGAGACUUUGGAGAGAGCCACAAAUUAUUUUGAUCCCAAGACUAAAAUAGGCCAAGGAGGAGCCGGUUCCGUGCAUAGAGGAACUCUCCCUGAUGGAAAAGUUAUUGCUGUCAAGAGACUAUUCUUCAAUACCAGGCAAUGGGUGGAUGAAUUUUUCAAUGAGGUGAACUUGAUUAGUGGGAUUCAACACAAGAACCUCGUGAAGCUGUUGGGUUGCAGCAUUGAAGGCCCUGAGAGCCUGUUGGUUUACGAGUUUGUCCCAAACAUGAGCCUUGAUCAGUACCUCUUUGAUAAUAAGGAAGUUAAGGUGGUUCUAAGUUGGAAGGAGCGGUUUCAAAUUAUAGCGGGAAUAGCAGAUGGGAUUGCAUUUCUUCAUGGAGGGGCAGAGAUCAGAAUAGUCCACAGAGACAUCAAGGGCAGCAACGUGCUUCUUGAUGAGAAUCUUACUCCAAAAAUUGCCGACUUCGGAUUGGCUAGGCAUUUUGCUGACGAUAAAACUCACCUUAGUACAGGAAUUGCAGGGACAUUAGGAUAUAUGGCUCCUGAAUACCUAGUCAAGGGACAGCUGACAGAGAAGGCGGAUGUGUAUAGUUUCGGGGUCUUGGUUCUGGAGAUUGUCUGCGGUAGGAAGAAUAACGCCUUUGUGGAAGAGUCUGUAUCUCUUUUGCAGACGGUCUGGCAGUUUUACAAAUCGGAUAAACUUGCGGAAAAAGUGGACCCUUCUCUCGAGGGUGAGUUUCCAGCGAUUGAGGCAUCGAACGUGCUUAAGAUCGGGCUUCUAUGCACCCAAGCUUCUGCAUCUUCAAGGCCAUCAAUGGAUGAAGUCGUUGAGAUGCUUACAGAUUCUAAUGGUCAAGUUCCCGAACCGAAUCAACCGCCGUUUAUAAACUCCAGCGUGCUGGCUCCCAGUUCUACGGGGUCUUACAGCAGCACGAGCAGCUUGCUUCGAAAUGCAUUCAACAAAUUCGAGGCAUCUUACACGUCUACGGAGUCAUCCAGCUUGCAGGGUUCCAGAAGUCACGAGCUGCGGGAUUAGCGGUCCCCUUGGAUUUCAUUGCUUGCUCCUGUAAAAAUUCUGGUGCUUGUGUGGCCUCUGUAAAAAAGCGUUAACUUAAUCCCCGGUGUGAAAAUUUUGAAGUAUCCUAUUCCUAGGACACAAAACACAACCAACGGUAGGAAUUUUGUAACAUCUUUUCUAAUUCUUCUUCUUUUGGAGAGACAAAGGUAUAUUAAUUAUUUGGUAGGGGUCAUAUGUAUCUGUAAAAAAGCUAAGAAGAUUUCCAGAAACCGUGGAGCCGUUACUGGUAUGAAAGCAGAGGGCUGGCGGACAACAUUCAACAAAAGGCAGCAGCAGGCAGUUAUGAUUAUGACAGUGAUCCAGCAGCGAUUGCGCUAAUGGCUCCUUUUCACCAUCAGCCAGCAGCCACCCAAAGAGGGAGUGGGGACUGCUGCUGGCCGCUACUUCUAAACACCUUUCCUCCUGUUUUUCUCGUAAAAGCAAAAAUUGUUCUCAAAUCAACACCGACAGGGAUUAGCUGAAUUUGGCGGUUGCUUCGGACACCCCCCCCCCCAUGGGGCAUGCCCUAGAUAUCAUAUCAUAUUAUAUUUUCUGUCAAUUGGACGGCGCCGAUUUCCGGCCGGAAGAAACUUUUUAGAGAAUCAGAGAUUUCAGGUGAUGUUAAAUAUCUAUUAUAACUCAACUCCAACCAACCUGCUGCUUGUAUGCGUGAAUCAUGAAUGAGGUUGGGACCGUCUGUGCCCCCCUUCGUGUUAACUCGUGGAUAUGUCAUAGGACCCCCCUUUCCUUUCGUGUUGGAUGAAUGGCAAGGCCACAACACAAGCACAAACACAAAAUCAAAAGCAGUAGACACCCCAACCACGUGGAAUUCAAUGGCGGAUCGCUCCUGUUGCUUUCAAUCAGCUCACCAGCAACUCUCUUACUUAUUGUCUCUGCACUUUCUUCUUAAUCAGCACACUCACUCGAGUACGUACAAACCCAGACCUUUGAGGUACUGAUGCAUACGGAGAAAAACUGAAGACAACUCAUCAAACUCCCGGGAGAUCUUUUACUUUCUGUAAUUUCUUCAACUUAUUAUUACAGCACAAGUGUCCUCAACUCGUAAUGAUAACUUAGUGCAUGUUUGAUAACAUAAAAAAGUGCUGAAACUGAAUUCAUUCAGACAUUCAGAUGUUGUGGGUGUUUGAUAAAUAAAAAUUCACUUGCUGAACUUA